AUGCAAGUCCGCGUUGAGGGCGCUUCAGCCAACGGGCUUUACUCCCAAGCUCUGGUGGUUGGAAACAUGGUCUUCCUGUCCGGUGUUACUGGUGUUGACCCAGCGACGGGGAAGCUAGUUGAAGGAACAGUAGGCGAUCGCACAACUCAGAUCUUCAAAAAUAUUUCCAGAAUCCUGGAGGCUGCCGGAAGCAGUCUUCACAAAGUGAUCCGGGUCAACAUUUUCCUCACAUCCAUGUCUGACUAUGCCAUCAUGAAUGAGGCAUACUUGCAGGUCCUCAGUCAGGAUGUAAAACCGGUUCGAACGUGUGUGGCAGUGAAGGAGUUGCCACGGCUGACGGAUAUUGAGAUCGAAGUGACUGCAAUUUUGUAG